AUGGCACCGCCGAUAACGCCGCCGAAGCCCGUCUGCGGGGAGCAGAGGCCUCAAGCACGUGAAAGAAGGUCGAUGAGCUACGAGUUUGUGCUUGAGGAUGAAUUUGAUGCGCUAUGUGUUGAGGUCAAGAAGAGUGACGAUGACUGUGGCGGUAAAAGCAGCAGUGGUAACAAGUAUCCCGCCAAACUCCAUGCGCGCAAGGUCGUCAAAGAGCUCGGUGUUACUGAUGGACUCAUCUAUCUUCCUGGAGAGCCUACACGCCUCUAUGAGGACUCAGACCAGUCGCCUCCUUUCAAGCAACGCAGAUACUUCUAUUACAUGACUGGCGUCGACUUUCCCGACUGUGCCGUCACUUACGAAAUCGCCAUGGAUCGUCUCACGCUCUGGAUCCCUUACGCUGAGCCGCGACAGGUCUUGUAUCACGGCCCAACUCCCGACGCAGCAGAGGCUAUGCGCAAAUACGACGUCGAUGAUGUUAGAUACACUGCUCAGCUGUCGAAAUUCCUUCAUGGCCAACUUCGUCCCGAGAAGACCCUCUAUGUCCUUCACUCCGAUCAGGCCCCCAAGUUGACUGAUCGACCACGUGGACAGACCCAGAUCAACUGCUCCAAGCUGCGACCUGCCAUGGAUGAGGCCCGUGUGAUCAAGACGGAAUAUGAAGUUGCACUCAUCCGUCGCGCUUCACGUAUCUCUGCCGCUGCUCAUCGUGCCGUGGCCGAACGUCUCCUCACCAUGCGCAAUGAGCAAGAUGUCGAGGCAGUUCUCCUUGCCGCUUGUACUUCACGUGGUGCUCAUGCCCAGGCCUAUCCUAUUAUUGCUGGGGCUGGCGUCAAUGCUUCGAUUCUACAUUACGGAGCCAACAACCAGCCUCUCGAGGGUAAGCAACUGAUCGUUGUCGACGCUGGUUGUGAGUACCAGUGUUACGCCAGCGACAUCACCCGUACUCUUCCUGUCAGUGGUUCCUUUUCUAAGGAGGCCUCCGCGAUCUACUCCAUUGUGCAGCGUAUGCAAGAAGAGUGUAUAGCACGUGUUCGACCCGGCACUGUCUACUACGAACUUCAGCUCCAUGCUAGUGAUGUAGCUCUCCAAGGCCUGCGCAAGUUGGGUCUUCUGAAAGGCAACUUUGAGGAGAUCCAAAAGGCGGGAACCGUCGCUGCUUUCUUCCCCCACGGUCUCGGUCAUCAUGUUGGUCUUGAGGUUCACGAUGUCACUGGCUAUGAGCGUCUCUUGAUGAGAGAUAACUUCCACGUCGAGGGUGGUAAGCGUGAGAUGGUGACUGCCACGGCUCUGGUGGCCAUGCAUCGUAUGGCUUCAUCUUCCCCGCCUACAAAACCAAGACAAUCUCUUCAACCUAAUAUGAUUGUGACAAUUGAGCCAGGAAUUUACUUCUGCCGCCCUUUUAUUGAGGGAUACUUCCUGAACAACCCGUCACACGCCAAGUUCAUUAACAAAGACCUCCUCGAAACAUACUACCCAGUUGGUGGUGUUCGCAUCGAAGAUGACAUCCUUGUCACACCUGGUGGCUAUGAGAAUUUGACCUCUGCUGCCCCCAAGGGUGACGAGAUGCUUGAUGUGAUCAACGGCAGCUUUGAGAAGAUUUAA